AUGCGCAACUGCUCCACGCUCUCGACCAUCGAGCUCAGCUACGACCUUUCGCUUCUGCCGGCGUUCUUGCCGAUGCCGCUGCCACGUCAUUUGCACCGCUUGCGCUUGUUUGUGAGCGACGAGCCGUACCAUCCAAAGUCGGGGUGGUUCAAGAUCACGGCGCUUCCAGUACGAUCAGUCGCUCACUUUGUCGCCACGGCCAUCGACGGCUCGGCGUUGACGCACUUGUCGCUGGAUAAGCUGCGGCGCCUCACCCACUUGGAGCUGCUCAACGUGCAGUCGGCGCUCGGGUCGUUGCGGUUGCAAGAGCAGCCUGUCGAUACGUGUGACAUGUUUGGCGAGUCGGACUACUAG